AUGGUCACUUGCGUAAAUAAUGCUGAAGAUUGUUAUUUAUUUAGAGAAAAUUUAUUACUGGGACAUGUAAAAGAUAACGUACCAGAAGAAUUUAAGUUACGUCCUCUUCAUAUUGAUGACUAUAAUAAAGGUUAUCUUGAAUUACUUGGACAAUUAACGACAACUGGUGAUGUCACUGAGACAGAAUGGAUUAAAAGAUUUAAUUCCAUGAAAUCUACCAGUGAUGGUGUUCCUCAGUCAUACUAUAUUGCUGUAAUUGAAGAUUUAACAACAAAAAAAAUAGUUGGUUCCGUAACAUUAGUAAUUGAAUUCAAAUUUAUCCAUCAUGCAGGAUGUCGUGGGAGAAUCGAAGAUGUCGUAACAGACAAAAAUUAUCGGGGACGUCGUAUAUCACAUAUAUUGAAUAGAACAUUAGUUUCACUGGCUAAAGAGUUGGGUGUUUAUAAGCUUAGCUUAGAAUGCAAGGAUUCAUUAAUAGGGUUUUAUGGAAAUUUUGGUUUUAAGAAAGAUGAGGGGAACAAUUUUCUUGUUCAAAGAUUUGAUCGUUCUAAAUUAUAA